CAAAACUGACCAUGGCUUAUAUUACUUGACAACAAACAAAAGGGCAUAAUUAGGAGAGUCUGUGAUUAACCGUAAUUUAGAUCAUUUCAAAUUUAAAUCUAUCACAAUAAGGAAUUUAUAUCAAGAAUAUGGAGCAGAUCCUCAUAGCCCUAUUAGCAGUAUGUGCUUUAAAUGCAGUUUCUUCUCACAGACUGUGUAAAUUUGAUAGUGACUGUGAUAACUUGGGAGACCUGAUAUGCAUGAAGUCCGGCUGCGACCAUGGAGUAUGCGGGUGCAGUAGAGGCAAGGCAGCAAGAUUUUAUGGCUCAGAGAAAAACUUUUUAUGUGUGGACAUUAAGAAGAUUGGGGAAAGUUGCUCUACAGAUGGGCUAGGACCACUUGGAGUAUGUGGAGCAAGUAACUCCUACUGCAACAGUGAGACAAACCGAUGUGACUGCAAUAGUGGCUAUGUCUCUGUAUGGGGAGGAGAAAGAUGUGCCAACUCAAAUCCAGAGGUAGGCCCAUCUGGAACCUGUAGCAGCUCCUUUGAUGGGGGAAGUUGUAACAACUUUGGAGGCUCCUCAACAUGCCAGUCAGGUUCCAGUCCCUACUCCAGCUAUGGUUAUGGAAAUGGUUUCUUGUCCAUGUAUCCUUCAUGUUCCUGUCCUCAGGGGUAUAGGACUAACCUCAGGAAUGAUGUAAGCCUAUCUCUGGGGUUUCAUGGCAAGAAGUACCCAACAUGUGAACCAAUUCUUCAUGAUGAACUGUGCAUAGUGGAUGCUGACUGCCUCUCACCUACAAUGGUGUGUAGAAAUAAUAAAUGUGCCUGUGAUAACACAACCCAUGUGCCAGACUACUCCAAAAUGAACUGUGGUGUUGCUGUGGGAAAAGAUAUAGAUUGUGGUGCUGUAUCCGAUGAGGUAUGUGAUGGAUCUAGUGGUCUGGUUUGCCUACAUGGGACAGGCUUCUGUGACAUAAACCCAAACAUGACCAUUAGUAAAUGCCGAUGUGGACCCACCCACACAGAGAGUGGCUCCUCAUGCACAGAGAUUGGGACAGGAGGGACUUGCUAUGGUGAUAUGAAUUGUAAAGCCAUAAGCAAGAAUGCAAUAUGUGUUGACGGGGCAUGCCAGGAUGGUGCCAUGACUGUGGUCUUUAAUAUGGCUUUACUAUGUCUCACACUCGCUGUCACUCUCCAAAUGUGACUCCAAUCAUCUGUAUAACAUAAUCUGGGACAAUCAAGAAUAUAACAGUAAUACAAAUAAAAAAGCAUAUCAAGAAGCAACAGCUUCACUUUUGUAGUAUAGUGGACAUUGAUCAAAAUAUUGAAUUCAUACCAUUGAUAUUCAUUUGUUACAUGUCCGAAAAUGCCUUGAUUCAUGAGAAAGUUUGAGGGUUUUGAUCAAUGUAGUCUGGAUUUACUCCUCCAAGCAUUCUCACCAAACAAACAAUAUAGAUAUUUGUAAAUACAAUAUGCGCUAUCUGGGUGUAAAUGUUUACUGUAUAUAUAUAUUAACUUGUAAAUAAAUCAUUAUUGCAGCACUUUAGUCAACAUUUAUGUACAUAAAGUUCAGUGUUAAUAUUAUGUCUCCAUGAAUAUAUUACAAUAUUAUUGAUUUCACAAAGAGCAAUUUAUAGCAAACUAUCAAAAAAUGUUUGUCUAGAAUAGUUGAGAAAUUGAGUUGAUAAAGGUUUUAAAGCAUUGAGAGUUUGGAUUAGGUUGUGCUUUAUGGUAUGUAGAUUAAUCAUAUUUAAAGUCUGACAAAAUCACAAUGGCAAUAAAAAAUUGUAAAUACACCUCUUUACAUGUAGGUGCAAUUAGGGCACUCCAGUUCUUAGAGUGAAAAAUAAA